AUGGACCGAUUGGAAUCAGAAAAAAUCGACCAUUGGAAAAGGACAAGCAUCUAUACCCUUUUACAGAUUGCCCGUUGUGGCCCUCCCCAAUCUUAUGGCAUGUUAUUAGCUACCCUUCAAUUCUUGGAGAGUUCGACCAACUCCUUCCAUACCAAGUGUGGCAUGAUCACGCCGACACUUCUGGACAUUGCUUCCAUCACUGGCUUGAAACCGAUUGGCGAAGUCUUCGACUGCGAAGCAGUAGCGCCAAUUUCCUUGAGGUUCGAUGUUAGCGACUCUUGCAAGCCAACAUACAACAAUUUUAUUGAUCAUCAUGCCACCUCUGCAAGCCCUGUGAUCGACGAGGAACAUGUGGCUUUCUUGAUCCUCUGGCUAUCUCGCUUUGUCUUCUGUUCUAGAUCUAUGCAGGUAGCCAAGCACUUUGCUCUCCUAGCAACCCAACUGCACCAAGAGCGUGACAUUGCCUUGGGCCAACUGAUUUUAGCUUCUCUCUAUGAGUCUCUAGCUGAGGUUGUCUUCCAAAUUAGGCUCUUCGACCCCGAGAACUCCAGAAAGAAAAACGUGUUGGUCCAUGGCCCUUUCUGGUUUUUGCAGUUGUGGCUCAAUGCCACUUUCUCCAAAGGUAUAGCCCCCUACGAAAUAAGGAGGGUUGCGUGUCCCCUAGAGGAACGUCAUCUUAUCUGGAAACGGUUGAUCUCCCUGACGCCUAUCGACAAAAACAUCCCCGACCAUCAAGUGUUUCGAAUUUUAUUCAACAUCAUGUUGACUCGUGUCGAUUUUCUACCUUCUAUGGCCCCUUUUAGCCAUCGAGCUGAGGGUCCUGCGUGGCUCACCAGACCUUUUCCUCCGACUAACGGGGAACAUAAAGAUGAAACCUUCCUCAUUUUGAGGCAUCUUCUGGUCCCUCGAUUCCUGGCGGCCGAAACCUCUAGCAGCAAUCCUGGCUUGGUGGCUUAUCAGCCUAACCUUGUGGCUAGGAAAUUUGGCCUUUGCCAAUUCAUUCCCAAGUCCCUGUUCUCCUCUCAAGAGUUGCUCGCCAAUAUCCUCUGCGGUCAACCUUGGAGCAAGAUCGAAGAAGAACUUGAAACAAUUUGGAAAAACCGACCACGUCUCCCUUCUCUUCCUUUUCGACCAGCCUACUACUGUACCAAAGAAUUUCAUGAUUGGUGGCAGUCAUAUUUUACCAUUUAUGUUGAUGCUCCUGAGGCCAAACUAUCUGAAUUAACAGAAGCUUUUGUUUGUUUGCAGGCGAAGUCGACCAAGUGUAAGGCUCUUCAUGUCAAACAAAUUCGUGAUUUCUAG